AUGACGAGCGAGCUUGGGCGAACCGCCAGCCAAUGGGCUGUGCGGCUUGGCGCGGGGGGCGGGCGCUGGGGCCGAGGGUAGCUUGAGCGCGGCGGCGGCGUUGUUCAGUCAGAGCGAGAACAUUCCAGAGGUCGCCAGGCCCCGGGCGCUGAAGGGUGUGGACCCCGGACGUCGCUGGGACAGCCCCUCCCCGCUGCUCGGCGGCGCCUGGCCCGGCCGCUGCUCGCUGCGCUGCCUCCGCCGCCUCCGCCGCCGCUCCUCGGACUCGGGUUCGCGCGCCUCACUUCAUCCCAGUCCCGGGCGAGCAGCGUUGGGUUUAUGUCUUUAUUUGACGAAAACGAGCUGUUGCGCAGCCACUGGCACCUGUAUUGGGGAAACAUAGCAUACAAGCAAGAAGCUUACAGCCUCAGCGGCGAAAAAUUUUUCAUGUCAGAGACCGAGAACUCUUGCAGUCGUUUAUGUCAUCCCUUCUUCUCCAGACAGAGGAUACCAAAAAAUUGCAAUCAAAGAUCUCUUCAUCUUAUUGAUAAAGUCACUAAUAAGCCAAAAUGUCUGUCAACGUCAACCGCAGCGUGUCAGACCAGUUCUAUCGCUACAAGAUGCCCCGUCUGAUUGCCAAGGUUGAGGGCAAAGGAAAUGGAAUCAAGACAGUUAUAGUCAACAUGGUUGACGUAGCGAAAGCGCUUAAUCGGCCUCCAACGUAUCCCACCAAAUAUUUUGGUUGUGAGCUGGGAGCACAGACCCAGUUUGAUGUUAAGAAUGACCGUUACAUUGUCAAUGGAUCUCAUGAGGCGAAUAAGCUGCAAGACAUGUUGGAUGGAUUCAUUAAAAAAUUUGUUCUCUGUCCUGAGUGUGAGAAUCCUGAAACAGAUCUGCAUGUCAAUCCAAAGAAGCAAACAAUAGGUAAUUCUUGUAAAGCCUGUGGCUAUCGAGGCAUGCUUGACACACAUCAUAAACUCUGCACAUUCAUUCUCAAAAACCCACCUGAGAAUAGUGACAGUAGCACAGGAAAAAAAGAAAAGGAAAAGAAAAAUAGAAAGGGCAAAGACAAGGAAAAUGGCUCCGUUUCCACCAGUGAGACACCACCACCACCACCACCAAAUGAAAUCAGUCCUCCUCCACAUGCUGUGGAAGAAGAAGAGGAUGACGACUGGGGGGAGGAUACAACAGAGGAAGCUCAAAGGCGUAGAAUGGAUGAGAUCAGUGACCACGCAAAGGUUUUAACCCUCAGCGAUGAUUUGGAAAGGACUAUUGAAGAACGAGUCAAUAUCCUGUUUGAUUUUGUGAAGAAGAAGAAAGAAGAAGGUAUUAUUGACUCAUCUGACAAAGAGAUUGUAGCUGAAGCAGAAAGACUGGAUGUAAAAGCCAUGGGCCCUCUUGUUUUGACUGAAGUUCUUUUUAAUGAGAAGAUUAGAGAACAAAUUAAGAAAUACAGGCGCCAUUUCUUACGAUUUUGUCACAACAACAAAAAAGCUCAGCGGUACCUUCUUCAUGGUUUGGAGUGUGUGGUUGCAAUGCAUCAACCUCAGCUCAUUUCCAAGAUUCCACAUAUCUUGAAGGAGAUGUAUGAUGCAGACCUUUUGGAGGAAGAGGUCAUCAUUAGCUGGUCGGAAAAGACCUCUAAGAAAUAUGUCUCAAAGGAACUUGCCAAAGAGAUUCGUGUUAAAGCGGAACCUUUUAUAAAAUGGUUGAAGGAAGCAGAGGAAGAAUCUUCUGGUGGUGAAGAUGAUGAUGAAGAUGAGAAUAUUGAGGUGGUGUAUUCAAAGACUGCCAGUGUACCGAAAGUUGAAGCUGUAAAGUCUGACAACAAAGAUGAUGACAUUGAUAUUGAUGCCAUUUAAAGGGGUGGGUGCAGCCUAGCUUAACAGUGUAAUGCUGAGAAUCUUUUUGCAUCAUUGGCCAGAAGUGCAACAUGAAUGUGCAAAAGCUAAAAUGGCUUAACAUCAUGCUACACUUUUCUACUAAAAAUGUGUUGCUGUGAGUGGUCUGUAUUUAAACCCAGCAAGACAUCUAGGGAGUCCAUACACAUAUCAGUGAACAGGUGUAGUUUGCUUAUUUAUAGCAUGUUUCUUUUUGAAAAAUUAGUGGUGGACACAUUUGGAUCACAUUUAUACAGUUCUAAAAAAUAAAGAUUUGAUUUUGGUCAUUCUUCAGAUUUUUGACUCUGAAUGGCUAAAGUAAGCUAAAAUAAUUGGCUCCUUUAAAAAUGCUGCACCAUCAUUUAACCUGAUACGAUUGUUGGAGCCUGUUCGAUAUUAGGUGCCGAGACUUAAAGAGGUCCUUUAGCAGAAUGUGAACAUGAACUUAUAAAUACCUUACUCAGUCAUUAGGAAAUACAUAGUGCUUUCGAAGUCUUAUCUCUAGUCCCUGAAAUUGGCAUCUGAUAAUGUAUAUCCUUCCCGUGCCAAGGUGGACAGAUAAUCAAAUGACAGUGCAACACCUUUAUCUUACUAAGAAGCUAAAGUGACCUGAGUGUCUAUAAAUUUAAGAGCAGGUUUUGAAACUUGAAUUGUGUUUGUUUUUUAAAAGUCUGUACUUGCCCCAAAUUGUAGUCUCGAAGUCGUAUGCAUUGCACGUUGGAUGAGCCAGGGGAAUUAUUACAUUAACAUAAAAGCAUUUUAUUAUGUGUAUGUAGCUGUUGCUUUAUACUGAAAGAAAAUGGAAAUAUGGGGGAGUGAUUAAAUAUUAAUAAGCUAUGGUUUUAUUUGAGGGAAAUAGGAAAAGAUGCAAUUAAUCUCAAGCAAAAACUGAGCGUAACUUCUCAGCAUUUACUCUUGAUUCAAAUUACAGUUUCAGAAUAUUUAGACAUACUGUAUCUUUUGUUCAGUGUGAAUUUUUCCCUGGAUACUAUGGUUCUUUUUAUUUUUGCAUUUGGAUACAUAACUUAAGCUUUUUCGGUUUUUGUUGCUAUCUUGCCAAAAUAAUUAUUAACUGUGUCUCAAACUCCCUGCCACUACCCCCCAAAAAUGUGUUGUUUUAAAAAAAAAAAAAAAGCUAAAAGCAUGUUUCUAAGUCAUAACCUA